UGCCGAUUCACAAACCGAAAUCCGGCCACGCAAAGCAAAUCCCCGUUUUCUGUUCACUCGCGGUAGCGCUCGUGUCUUUGGCGAUGCGGAUCAGUCGGGCUGUUCGGGUCGUUUUUUCGUUUUGAAACGAUGCGUGUGCUUUAAAGAAAAGAAAAAAAAACGGGGAGUGUGUAUGUCUGUGUCUGUGUGUUUGUGUUUUGGAGUCGCAGUGUGUGUGUGUGUGUGUGUGUGUCGAUUCCCCUCAUGACCUCCUAACAACGACCGGGAUUUAACGGCUAUUUAUUAUUAUUAUUAUUAUUAUUAUUAUUAUUAUUAUUAUUAUAAAACCAGAUCUGAUCUCAUCUGUAAAAUUCUGCAAAUUCGUCUUUAAUGACAGCCAGUGUGUGUCUUUGAUUUAGGGAGAAACCAUCAAGUCGUUACGGCCUUCCAAUGGGGACAACUAAGAGCAAGCCAAAAGACCCUGGCCAGAGAUCUCUGAGUCUGGAUGGUACCAUUGGUUUGGGCUCCUCCAGUGGACAUCAUUUCAAUUCUGGUCCUCAGACACAAACACCAAAUCGGAGCCCUUCGGCGGGGACCAGCGGAAGGCGGAGCAACACUUACCACAGCAACAGUGCAGAACAUCAACUUUUUGGGGGUGUGGAUCUUAAUGCAACCAUCACGUCACCUGUGAGAGCUGGUGUCACCACGUUUGUUGCACUAUAUGACUACGAAUCUCGGACUUCUGCGGAUCUUACGUUUAAGAAGGGCGAGAGGCUCCAGAUCCUCAAUAACACGAGAAAAUACAACUACAGAGAAGGAGACUGGUGGUUGGCGAGUUCCUUGACCACAGGGAAGAGCGGCUACAUCCCGAGCAAUUACGUCGCACCAUCGGACUCCAUCCAAGCCGAAGAGUGGUUUUUUGGUAAAAUAACACGGCGUGAUUCUGAGCGUCUGCUGCUAAACCUUCAGAACAGAAGAGGAACUUUCCUUGUAAGAGAAAGUGAGACGACUAAAGGAGCAUACUGCCUGUCUGUGCUGGACUACGACAACACGAAGGGUCUAAAUGUCAAACACUACAAAAUCCGGAAGCUGGACAGCGGGGGAUUUUACAUCACGUCUCGGACGCAGUUCAGCAACCUACAGCAGCUCGUCCUGCACUAUCGCACGCACGCAGACGGAUUGUGUCACGUCCUGACGGAAAUCUGCCCCAUGCUAAAGCCGCAGACUCAGGGACUAGCGCGGGACGCCUGGGAAAUCCCACGCGAGUCGCUGCGGCUCGACGUUAAACUGGGUCAGGGGUGCUUUGGGGAAGUGUGGAUGGGUACAUGGAACGGCACUACGCGAGUGGCGAUAAAGACGCUGAAGCCGGGCACCAUGUCCCCUGAGGCUUUUCUGGAGGAGGCUCAAGUCAUGAAGAAACUCCGGCAUGAGAAACUGGUGCAGCUCUAUGCCGUGGUGUCCGAGGAGCCCAUCUACAUCGUCACAGAGUACAUGAGCCAAGGAAGCCUGCUAGAUUUCUUAAAAGGAGAGAAAGGAAAAUAUUUACGACUUCCACAGCUGGUGGAUAUGGCUUCUCAGAUUGCUGCCGGGAUGGCAUACGUGGAGAGGAUGAAUUAUGUUCACCGAGAUUUACGAGCAGCAAACAUCCUUGUUGGAGACAACCUGGUGUGUAAGGUGGCUGAUUUUGGAUUGGCGAGACUCAUCGAGGAUAACGAGUACACUGCCAGACAGGGCGCCAAGUUUCCCAUCAAAUGGACGGCUCCUGAAGCCGCGCUGUACGGACGCUUCACCAUCAAAUCAGACGUCUGGUCUUUCGGCAUUUUACUGACCGAGUUGGCCACCAAAGGACGAGUUCCGUAUCCAGGCAUGGUGAACAGGGAGGUGCUCGACCAGGUGGAACGUGGGUAUCGGAUGUCAUGCCCGGCUGAAUGCCCAGCCUCAAUGCACGAGCUCAUGCUAAGCUGCUGGCGUAAAGAACCCGAGGAACGGCCGACGUUCGAGUAUUUGCAGGGUUUCCUGGAGGACUAUUUCACUUCCACCGAACCUCAGUACCAACCAGGAGAAAACCUGUAGGGCUUCCAGAGCUAGCUCGGGGAGAGCAUAGACUAUGCUGGUACGUUCAUACUCACCUGUGUGUGUGUGGCGAAUAAGGUGGGAGCUUACAGAGCGAUCGACACUCCGUUGGCUACGAUUACAAAUAAUGCAUGCUUGUGGUUAAGAUUAAAAAAAAAAAAAACUUUUACAAAAUGGUACAAACAAAACCUUGUAUAGACCUCGUUAAAUGAACAUUUUAACGAAUCCUGUUGUAUGUUUUUCCAUCCAGCAGAGUACUGCCACGCACCAUGAGGUGCCAAAGAUUAUUCUUUCUUAUUUGUUUCCUAUCCUUUUUUUCCCCUUCACCCAUCUUCAGGAUGAGCAAAAAGACAUUAUUUAGUGCAUUAUCUGUUGCUUUUUGGUUGUUUGUAUAUUUUUUCUAUGCUACUCUUUAAUUAAAGGGCUGCUAUGAAAUAUUUAUAAUUAUAAUUACCAUACUUUUAAAAAUUUUAUUCAUUUAGAAGUAAAGAAGCCCAUCACUUUUAAUAAAGCGUCUUUUAAAUGGCAGUGUUGAUAUUUCUAGAUAUUAGUGUUUAUUGGAUAUCUAACAAGUGACAAGAAGAUCAUGAAUAGAUGAAGCCCACAAACUUUCAUGAUUUCCAAAACUUUGCUAAAAAGUUUUUGACAUUAUCAUACAGCAAAGCAUUUUUUUUUCCUUUAUUUGUUUUGUGCUGCAUAAAUUAUAUUUCUAUAUCCAUGAUCACUUUAUUAUUGAGUUACCUCAUACAGAACUAAAGUACGAAUUGCUAAAUAACAAUGGCUGACUGGCUAACAUAUAGAUAUGGGAAUCACCAGGGACCAAACGAUACAAUAUUAUCAUGAUACCUCGGUGCAGAUUCAGUUUGUAUCUCUAAAUAUCACGAUUUUAGAAAUAUCACAAAAUACAUUUUUUCAUGUAUUCUUCCAAUUCUUAAACUUGCCUGUUAAUGUGAGAAUAGUUUAGAGCACGCCUCCUGUAGGAUUAUAGGAUUAUAUAAAAACUGCACCAUACUGACUCAAAUUUAAACAUAUGGAAGUUAAAAAUUCGUUUUUAAAAAUCGAUUUUAGAGUCAGUGUGGCAAUAAAAUAAUAGUUACACAAAAGAAUCGUCAUACUAAAGAAAUUUACUGGCCGGUCACUUUCUAGUUUCAAUUCUAAAGACUACUUUUCAAUUCAGAGUUUUCGCAAGUAGAUUUUUAUUGAGUCACUUAUUUAUUUAUUUAGUUAGUUAGUUUUAUUGGAUAUGAAUUUUAGGGAAAAUAGGAUGCACAAAAAAUUUUAUAACAAAUGUGACUCUUGUGCAAUUCACUUUAAUUUAAAAGUAAACUAAAAACAUCAUGUUACAUAUAUGGAAUUAAAUGGAUACAACUGAUGUUUUUUUAUUUUAUCAUCCCUUUUUAAUUAACAGAGAAUAUUCUUCGAAUUCCUCUAUGAAAUGUUCCAGAUCUAGUGCCGUGUCAUGUGAUUGAACAGUAUAUAUAAUAAUGCUAACAAUGAUGAAAAUCUGAAUCAAAAUGUUUACAUAAGGUUUUGACGCUGCAUUUUACUUGGGAAUCAUGACUCCCUUUGGGGGGUUUCAACGAUUUAAGUAAAUGAAUUGUGUGUGUGUGAGAAGCUGUAAUGGUGUCUGUAAAUAUUGUGCGACCAUAAGAUAUGAUACAAUUUAAUACAUAUGUAUAUGCGUGUGUGUGUGUGUGUGUGUGUGUGUGUGUGUGUGUGUGUGUGUGUGUGUGUGUGUAAGAGAUGUGUUUGAAUGAACCGAUGAUUUACUACAAUAUGAUUCAGAGUUCAGUAUUGUGCAAUUAGGGUCAAUCAGACCACAUGACCUUUUUCCAUUGCUCUAAAGUGCAAUCUUUAUUCUCCCUAGCAAACUGAAGCCUGAAAGUGGUUUUAUUAUGGAGAAAGCUAUUUAGUCCCAAUCCUUUUUCUCAGAAGUGGGAGGCCAUACCAUCUUUCUUUAAGUGAUGGACACAUUAGGAAGCCCCAAACCUAUUAUUAAUGCUUAAGGUACAAAGGCCACGCCCCCAGACAGUACCAAAGAAUUAAAACAAAAUUUAGGAAAUUUUGUUUUAAUUCUUUUUUGUUUUUAAUUCUUAAUUUUUUUUUUUUUUUUUUUUUAAAUAAUAGUAGUAAUAGAAACAGGAGUACAUGUGGGGUUUAACUUUAUCCCCACAGAUCUUCACUACAGAGUCUUUCGUUAAUAUUUGAUCCUUGUCCAAAUCAGUGCAACUGUUUAUAAAAAAAACUGACAAUAAUGAACUGUCGCAUGAGUGAAUCAGAAUCGACCAGAUCAAAUACCUUUGAUCUGGGGCAUGCAGAGAGCAGCAUACGAAGCAGGUUGUGCUUAUUGAGAUUGUUUUCUAUUCUUUCACAUUUAUGAAUCGUUUCAUAAAAAAACACCCCCUUUAAAAAUCAAGCUUCAUUUUCACAUCUCACAUUUUUCUUUUGAAAAGAGUUUAAACACGACUGGGUUAAACUCAUGAACUCGUUCACACACUUUCCUAUGUGUCUGUGAUGAAAUAAGCUCAGUUUCAAAAACUCUGUGCUUUUAAAUUAUGUAUUAAACUUCAAAACCAUGA